AUGGAUCCUCGUGUACCUAAGGUUCUUUGGAGCAUGAACCUGGUGAUGUGGAUAGCUCUGCGUGUCUACAGCCGCUUCCUUGUUCGGCGGCUGCAGCCGAACCAAAGCACCAUCGAUGUCGAAACCUGGCGAAAGCUCUGGUGGGAGAGGCCUGCUGCAACAAAGCUGUGUGUGGGGUCAUUCCCGUGUCCACCAUAUACUGCCAACAUGGAGGGUUCUGGGCAUCCACGGUGGGAUGCCGGCGAUUUGUUUCGCUCCCGGACAGGCUGGCCGACCAGCGCAGAGGCUUGGGAAGAGCGCUUGCGCCUUCAUGACGGCAACCUCUCCGAGUUUGGAGCCUCGGCGCCACGCACCUUCGAGGAGCUGUCCGUCCUCCUGCGCGAUGGUCUUGAGCCAUUGCUUCUCAUUGACCGCGAACAGUGGGGCCCACUGCGAGCAGCACUUCCCAACUGCGACUUCAGGCUGGUGUUCCGCAACGAGUUUCGGGAGGCUCAGUGGGACAAUCGUGAUGCCGUGCAGUGGGGUACGCCCACACGUCUGCGCGCACUCGUUGAUGCACGGAACGUGACCAUGAGCGAUUUCGCCGACAAGCAGCUGGAUCUCUCUGUGUCCAUUCGGGUCCACGUGGCGGAGCUCGGGCAAGAGCCCGAGGUUCUGCCAAUGGUGGCUGAACGCAUUGAGCGGAUUGUCUUUGCAGGGACAGAGGCAGUCGCCUUAAUGGCGGCUUACGAAGAAACCAUCCGCACGUCUGAGCAUCCGGCCAUUGCGCAGGCACGCCCAGCCAUAAGCUCAAUGAAGCUGGAUGCCCUUCAGCUUCCCAUGGAGGCCCUUGCAGAGGCUGUGCCCAAUGCCUUCGUGGAACGGGUGCCGGCAUCCACAGCAUUGGAGUGGGUGGCACAGGACCCUGUGCGGAACGUCGUGGUUUGUGCGGCAAAAUAUUCUUUCCUCCACGAUUCAGCUUUCUACAUCAGCGAACAGGAGAUGGAAGAGCAUGGAGAUAGCCUCUACAAUCUUGUGUGUCAUAGGGGCGCCGAGCGUGUGCUCUUUCACUGUGACCACAGCAACAGCCGGGGCCCGUGCGUAGCAGAAUCAUUCCUCGAGAUCUUGCGCAGACAGAAGAACGAUAAGAUGCGGUCGUAUGUGAUCGACCACGGCAACAGAGCCAUGGAUUUUCCUGGCAUGAGAAACCUCAGAGGUCAGGGCAACGAGGCUGCUCGUGCAGCCGGGCUUCGGGCUGUGCGAGUAGCCACGAAACCCUAA